AUGUCUCAACCAGGUGAAUCAGUCGCAAACCCCAUCGUACCCGCUCCCUCAGCUCCAUCUCCCAUCACUUCCACUUCCACUUCGACCGCCACUGCCCCUGCUACUUCAAGUGGAUACACCAUCCACGUCAGUGGAUUGGCCACCGAAACUACCGAAGACAAGUUGCAUGAUUUCUUCUCUUUCUGUGGGAAAUUGAUCUCGGUGAAGAAAAGUGGGAAUGAAGCGGAUAUCACUUUUGAGAAAUUGAGUGCCAUGAGGACUAGUUUGAUGCUCAAUGGUGGCACUCUCGACGGAGCCCACCUCGAAGUCACCUCAGCCUCUGACGCCGAGCCCAAGACAGCUUCUGUCCUUCCUACCGGAGCUACCGGCUCGACCGCCAUUGGGGCUACCGACGCCCCAAUCGGUCAAGAGGAUAAACCCAAGGCCGCUAUCGUUGCUGAGUACCUAGCUCACGGAUAUGUUCUCGGUGAUAACAUCAUCCAAAAAGCUAUUGAUAUCGAUAACAAACAAGGCAUCUCCUCUCGAUUCCUCCAAUUCUUUAACUCCCUCGACCAAAAUAUCGGUAACAAAGUCGUGGGCGAGAACAAGACCGUCUCAGGUAAAAUCAACGAAACUGCCGCUGCUGGAGUAGCCAAAGCUAGAGAAGUUGAUCAACAUCGAGGUUUCUCUGCCAAAUUGCAUGAUUAUUACGCUAGGAUCUUUAACAACCCUUCUGUACAAAAGAUCGUACAAUUCUAUACUACUACUCAAAAACAGGUUCUGGACGUUCAUGAAGAAGCCAAGAGAAUUGCUGAAGAGAAGAAAACCCACGCUGCACCCAUCCCUCCAGUCAACGCUACCGCUGACGAACCUGGUGCUGGUGCCGGUAUCACCACUGCUCAAGCUCCUUCGACUGGUGCUCCCGCUCCAGGUGCUGUAGCCCUUGGUCCUUAG